GGAUUCACAAACUUUGUUAUGUCCAGUUUGUAGAGCGGACACGAAAACAGAUAAAGUCAGGUUUAAACAGGUUGAAAAGUGGGUGGAGAAUUUCCAAUUAACUUUACUCUACUUUCGAUUUUGAAAGAAAGAAAAUUGACAAUGAAUGAAAAGGGAAACGAUUGUGGGGCGUGUUUAAGGGAGGAUAUCAAGGUUGAAGCUAUUGUUUAUUGUUAUGAUUGUUCUGAAAAACUGUGUGAAGAUUGUAAAAGACACCAUAGGAAGAGUAAAUUAUCAUCACACCAUAAAUUGAUAGACAUAAGUGAGGGAUCGGCGGAAAAGUUAGAUCUUGCAGAAUUCGAAUAUUUAGCAAACCUGUCAAAAUGUCCAUUGCAUGAUACUGAAGAAGUGAAAUAUCUUUGUAAGGACCAUGACCAACUGUGUUGCAAUGAAUGUGCGAUCGUUACUCAUAGAAAAUGUGAAGAUAUGGUAUCUUUAAGUGAAGAAAUAAAAUCAAACAAGGAAGCCAGCAAAGAAUCCCGUAUUGAAAAAAGACUUGAUACCAUUGACGGUGACGUUGAAAAGCUCAUUUCGCAUGAAGCUACGUAUUCAGCAAAGAUUGGUGGGAAAGAAGAUGAAGUGAAAACAUGUUUAAAAGAUCUUAAGGUAAAACUUGAUGCCGCCUUUUGUAAACUUGAAAAGAGGAUCAUGUUGGAAAUGUCAGAAAGGAAACAGGUAUUAUUAAAAGCUAGUUCAUUACAGAGAGAUACAGCAGAGCAACUUAGAGAGAAUAUUAAACAAUGUGGAGAAAAAAUGAAAAUAGCCCAAGCAAAUGGAACAGCAAUACAUGUAUUUCUUCUUGAAAGAGAAAUGGGUAAACAUGUUACAGAGUUUGAGAAAACAUUCACAACUCUUCGACAACAAUCAAGCAAGUCAUUGGUCACGCUGUCAGAAGCACAUUCACUUCAAGAUCUUAUAAGAAAUGUUGAAAAUCUUUACCAAAUCAAAGAAAUGAAAGAAGAGCCAGUUUUGCCUGCAAUUACACAAACUAAAGAUUUCAAGAAUAGGAAACUUACUUAUGAACAUGAGGUCAGUUUGAAUGAGAGCCAGCCAAGAUAUUGUGUUUGGAUUGGAAAUUACAUUGUAGUAUCAUUUCAAUUUUCUUCUAAGUUAGUAGCUUACAAAGCAGAUAACGGUUUGCCUUUAUCAUUAAUAUCAACAUAUCAAUGUGCGACGCCUACAUCAGUAACAGCUACUGAGAAUGACGUGUUUGCUGUUGCCUUGCCAUCAUCUAACAAAAUAAAUAUUAUGAAAAUUGAACAAAAUAAAAUGACUGUUUUAAGAAGUUUAACCUGUCAAUGGCCCAAUCUUUUAACUUAUGAUAAAAAGAGCAAAAAUCUUUUGAUAAUGAAUCAGUCAGAAUCGGUUAUAAAAAAGAUAAAGCUUGAUGGUAAAGAUGCUGGAUUUGUCGAUUUAAGCGGUAUUGAUAGAAAUACAUUGCAAAAUACAUACAACUUAUUUGUUGAUUCUCAGUAUGGUCAUGUCCUUAUUUCUUCACACAACUCAAACAAGUUGCUUUGCUUAGACAUGUCUGGAAAUAUUAUAUUCCAGCAUGGAAUUAAAUUUCCGUGGUCAGUUAUUACAGACUCACAAGGAAAUAUUUAUGUUGUAAAUUAUGAAACACAUUGUAUUCAACAACUUUCUUCAAAUGGACAAUUGAUUAAAGGAAACAUAUUGGGGGGAUAUAAAAUGAAUAAUUCAUUGGCUGUGUGUUUCAACCAAGAUAUGGACAAAAUGGCUGUUACAUAUGACGGAAGUGGAGGAAUGUUGAGAUUAUUCAAAUUUGAAUAAGAGUUAUAAAACUAUUACAAGAUUAUUUAAACAUAAGAUUAUAUGGAACUACAAAGAAGUGGAGAAAUAUGGUUUGUUAGUUAUAGUGUUCGGCUUCAAGGUUACUUUUUACUGUGAUGUGUAUUUGAUAUAUCAAAAAUAAUUCUGUGCGCAUUAAGUAUUACAUUUGACUUCUAUUGUUUAGACUUAAUCAUGAAAAUGUAAAUAACAUAUAAGCAAUACAUAUACAUGUGAAUAUGUUUCUUUAAAUAAAUGAAGCUAAAAUUUACACAAAAUUCAUGAAAACUUUAAAUUUCUUAAUACAUGAUUGUAAAUAUCAGUAAGAUACAUGUUAGAGACAAUUAUUGUCCUGUUUGUUAAUUAAAGAUACAUGUAUGUUUCACAAUAGUUUAUAUUCAUUUAUGAUCAUUACAAAUAAAGAAAUAAAAAUUUA